CCUGCUGGGGGCGCUCACGAAAACGUUGACUGGAAAACGAAAGAAUAACGUCACUUCCGUAAACACAAAAUAGGACAAGGGAAAUGUUGAAAGCGGGAGCCAACUGCCUUGUUAAACUUUGGCAAUAUUUACGCGUUCUGAAUGUGUAAGAUGUCUCAACCUAACCCGUCCUCCACAAGCUUCAAACUCUCUGAAGAUGCUUCCAAGGGAGGAAGUACUAAAAAGUCUGAAGAUGACUCUAAUGAUAAAAGUUCUGAAUUGGAGAGCAGUGAUCCUGACAGAUGUUUAAGAGAAAAGGUGUUGAAGGAGGUAGGGCUCACCAGCACUGCCUUCAUUGGUCCUGCAUUUCCUCCACAAGCGAUCUCCGCCAAGCCUGACAUUGAAGACUCAUUGAGUAUGUUUUACAAAGAGCUUGAGAAGAUCGAUACACCAGAUCAAUCGUAUCGGAUUAGUGAUACUCAAGAGAAAGAAGAUGUUCAGCCCAACCUCAACCUGCCUGAACAACCUACCAGCAAACACUCUCAGGAUAUACCUGAUGGGAAAAUGGUUUCUACCUCAAGUUUUAUGGGAAUAAACAGUUACCAGAGCAACAGUGGACCAACUAAGUCCUCCUGGGAUCACUGGUAUCAAAAUGAGCCAUACCAGCUCAAAAGGCCAAGGCCAGUGAGUAACCAGUGGGAUUAUCCUCCAUCACCUAACAGGCCACCUGAUCUAAGAUUUCACAGGCCACCUUUCCCUCACCAUUCACACCAGUCCGCCUACUCAAAUCCACAAAACACUCCAGCCCCUAUCCAAGUCAACCAAAGCAGCUCAAGAAUGAUGAACCAUCAUCACAAGGAUUUUCAUCCUCCACCAUUUUCAAAUCGUCCACCUCCAAACGUGUUCAUCCCUCCUGCUCCUCCUCAGGGCCGUCAUGAACCCCCCCCGCAGAACUUUGGAUGGAAUGAGCAGAGUUUUUAUGACACGGAUCUGAAUGACGUACCUGUCAGGUGGUCUGGGGAACAAAGAGAAGAAUGGCAGCGCUGCGAUGACGAUUACGACAGGCCUCCGAGGUUUAUGUCAGAAAAUGAGCCAUGGGAACAUCAGCGUGACUACCGACCCUACGAAGAGAGGUGUGAAUAUCAGUCUGAUUUGGUGCUGAUCUUGAUGAGAGGAUUACCAGGAUCUGGGAAAACCACACUAGCCAGAGAUCUGCUCUCCUCUGGCCCAAGUGGAAUAAUUCUCAGCACGGACGAUUACUUUGCUCAAAAAGAAGGUUACCACUAUGAUCCAGGCCUUCUAGGGGCGGCACAUGAAUGGAAUCAAAGCAGAGCUAAAGAUGCCAUGCAUGAUGGUUGCUCUCCUAUUAUUAUUGACAACACAAACCUCCAAGCCUGGGAGAUGAAGCCAUAUGUCAAAAUGGCCUUGGACAGAGGAUACAAAGUGGACUUUUAUGAACCUGACACCAGCUGGAAAUUUGAUCCUUGUGAAUUGGAGAAGAGGAACAAACAUGGCGUUCCUCAGGACAAGAUCGCUCAGAUGAUGGAUCGCUUUUCGUUUCCCAUCUCCAUAGACAUUGUCAUGAAUUCACAUGAACCGGCUCACGUCAACCAGAGACGUCGACCAGAGCAGCAGCAAAUUAGGGAAAAAAGGCAUUUUUGUUAGGUUUGUUGGAGAAAAAAAACUCGGAGUGAGACCUGUGCUCAUGUAAAUGUCAUUUUUGGUAAUUUCUAGUUUUUAAGUUAUUACUUUGUAUAUUGUAAAUUUAUAAUGAAGAAAAAUGAAUCUAUAU